CAGUGAAAUGAUAUAAUGCUUCAUAACCUGUCUUCUCUGCUGUUUGUGUGUCCGUGUGUGUGUCCAGGUUCUGCUUUUGCCAAGGCCAAGCCUGAGUCUCCCUGGACGUCUCUGACCAGGAAGGGUCUUGUCAGGGUGGUGUUGUUCCCCUUCUUCUUCAGAUGGUGGAUCCAGGUCACCUCCAGAGCCAUCUUCCUCCUCCUCCUCCUCCUCUACCUGCUUCAAGUGGCUGCUGCAGCGUUAUUCUUCACCAUUCCCCAGCCCCACAGUAUCCCGACCACAGAGGUGUUUGGGGCGAUAUGGCUGAUGCUGUUACUGGGGACAGUGCACUGCCAGAUCGUCUCCACACGCACCCCCAAACCCACCAGCAGCAGCAGCUCUGGCAAGAGAAGAAGGCGUCUAAGGAAGGCAGCUCACUUGGAUGUCCAUAGGGAAGGAGAUGGCUCUAGCACCACUGAUAACACCCGGGAGGGCGGCCCACACUGCCACGGUGCCGCCACCGGCUCACCUUACAGCCUGUGCAUCACUCUCUUCAGAGAUUUCUGGCAUGAUAUCUGUAAAGCGCGGUCGAAGAAGUCCAAGCUGUCCAUAGACAAGUCCACAGAGACAGAUAAUGGCUAUGUGUCUCUGGAUGGGAGGAUAACCUGUAAGAGUAGUGAGGAGGGGCUACAGCUCCAUGAUGGAGGGUCUCACCACUGUGACCUGCUGCUGAGGUCAGACGAGACGUGUUGGGCCGCACCCCCUCCUCUCAACACACUGCUGCUGCCCCCCGUCGCCAAGGAGACCCAGAGCCGUGGUGUGGGUGUGGAGAACAUGUCUGAUGAGGCGUCUAGUGAGGAGGAUCCUGAAGCGUCCUACACCGCCAUCCGUAGGGGCGUAGAGCGCGUCAGCAGCGACUGCACGCUGCGCAACAGGAAACCACAUCACUACAAGAAACACUACACCAUCAACACUGAGGUGGGUGACCUCCACACUACCCAGGAGACUCCUAAGUCCGGUACCAGCUGUAGUUCUCGGUGCUCCAGCCUGCGGACCCAGGACUCAGAGAGCACCAGACACGAGUCAGAGACAGAGGACCUGCUGUGGGAGGACUUCCUGCACUGUGCUGAGUGUCGCUCCUCGUGCACCAGCGAGACAGAGGGAGAGGGAGCUGCAGUCUGCUCUUCUACCAAGAAGGAGUACAGAGAUGACCCCUUUCACCAGGGUCAUACGUGGCUACACAGCACCAACCCAGGUCUGGAGCGGGUCAGUGCCAUCGUCUGGGAGGGGAACGACUGUAAGAAGGCUGACAUGUCUGUCCUGGAGAUCAGCGGUAUGAUCAUGAACAGGGUCAACCUGUACACCCCAGGUAUUGGCUACCAGGUCUUUGGUAACCUGGUGUCAGUGACUCUGGGCCUGACGCCCUUCGCCUACAGGCUGUCUCAGUACAAGGACCUGGAACAGCUGACACAGCUCUCAGCCAAUGAGCUCAUCUCUGUGGCGUUCGGCUCCUCCUCCGACGUCAUGGUGAUCACCAUGGUAACGCUCAGCUUCAUGGUGCGCGUCUGUCUCAUCUGGCUCUUCUUCUUCCUGCUCAGCGUGGCCGAGAGGACAUACAAACAGGUGUGUGUGUUCUAUGCCAAGCUGUUUGGUCACCUGACGACCUCGGCACGAGAUGUGUUGUUCCAUCAUGCCUACCUGAAGUCGGAGGUGCCUCACUUCCGUCUGAAGAAAGUCCAGAACAUUAAGAUGUGGCUCUCUCUGCGCUCAUAUCUCAAGAGAAGGGGUCCUCAGCGGUCGGUGGAUGUGAUCGUGUCCUCUGCCUUCCUCCUCACCCUCUCCGUAGUCUUCAUCUGCUGUGCUCAGUUGCUCCAUAUCCACCACACCUUCCUGGAGUGUCACUAUAACUGGGAGCUGGUGAUCUGGUGUUCCUCCCUGUCUCUCUUCCUGCUCCGCUUUGUUACCCUGGGCUCAGAGACCAGCAAGAAGUACAGCAACACCUCCAUCUUACUGACAGAACAGAUUAAUCUGUACCUGAAGAUGGAGAAGAAACCAAACAAGAAGGAGGAUUUGACAUUAGUCAACAACGUACUGAAGUUGGCCACCAAGCUAUUGAAGGAGUUGGAUGCUCCGUUCAGGCUGUAUGGUCUGACGAUGAACCCUCUGCUCUACAACAUCACCCAGGUGGUCAUCCUGUCUGCUGUGUCCGGGGUCAUCAGUGACCUACUGGGCUUCAACCUGAAGCUCUGGAAGAUCAAAUCAUGACAGUAAGCUGAUCAGGUCACAGCUGGCUCUGGAAGAUGUGAUACAUUCUCUCACCACACAGGGGCGCUGUUGUCCUUUCGCUCACGGACUGACUGGGCUUCCCUGUAUCUAUGGUCUAACGGACAAACAGCCCCAUUCUCAGAGUUCAUAACGGAGUGCUUACAUUUCACUUGUGCAAUUCAAGAUAUAUUUAUUUUACCCUUUCAGUAUUUUUUUAUUUUUGUUGUUGUUGAAAAAGUUACAAAAUGUUAUUUUAAGCUAUACAGGUUUUGUGUUCUCAGAGGGACGGGAUCAAAACACAGCAAGAUGACAAUUCAGUUAAAAAGGUAAAAGAGUUCCAUCCCUUCAGACUAGUAAGGACAAUGUGCAUUAUAAUGCAGCUGUUUAGUUUGUUGACUGACACACAAACGCAGUCAUUUCACUGUGAGAACUGCAACGAGUAGUAGUUUCUGAUCAUAGACGGACUGUAAUAAUAAUAAUACUGUGUUUUAAAGCCGACAUACACACACACAGGUUGUACUUUAUGGUCAAUUCAAUGUAGGCUUUUUGUUGUUGCUUUUGACGACAACAACCGUACACCAAAGUUCAGAAUAGAUGAACAAUGUUUCUGUGUGUUUGGCAUUUCUAAUGAUAAGCUAAGUGACGGCUGUAGUGGAGAGAGAGAGGCAGGAUAAAACACAACACAUCACUCAAAUGAUUGGUGAGAAAAUAGGUGAGGUACUGUACUGUACUGGCUAGAUGGGAGGUACUGUACUGUACUGGCUAGAUGGGAGGUACUGUACUGUACUGGCUAGAUGGGAGGUACUGUACUGUACUGGCUAGAUGGGAGGUACUGUACUGGCUAGAUGGGAGGUACUGUACUGGCUAGAUGGUAGGUACUGUACUGUACUGGCUAGAUGGGAGGUACUGUACUGUACUGGCUAGAUGGGAGGUACUGUACUGGCUAGAUGGGAGGUACUGUACUGGCUAGAUGGGAGGUACUGUACUGUACUGGCUAGAUGGGAGGUACUGUACUGUACUGGCUAGAUGGGAGGUACUGUACUGUACUGGCUAGAUGGGAGGUACUGUACUGUACUGGCUAGAUGGGAGGUACUGUACUGUACUGGCUAGAUGGGAGGUACUGUACUGUACUGGCUAGAUGGGAGGUACUGUACUGGCUAGAUGGGAGGUACUGUACUGGCUAGAUGGGAGGUACUGUACUGUACUGGCUAGAUGGGAGGUACUGUACUGUACUGGCUAGAUGGGAGGUACUGUACUGUACUGGCUAGAUGGGAGGUACUGUACUGUACUGGCUAGAUGGGAGGUACUGUACUGUACUGGCUAGAUGGGAGGUACUGUACUGGCUAGAUGGGAGGUACUGUACUGUACUGGCUAGAUGGGAGGUACUGUACUGGCUAGAUGGUAGGUACUGUACUGGCUAGAUGGUAGGUACUGUACUGGCUGGAUGGGAGGUACUGUACUGUACUGGCUAGAUUGGUAGGUACUGUACUGGCUAGAUGGGAGGUACUGUACUGUACUGGCUAGAUGGGAGGUACUGUACUGUACUGGCUAGAUGGGAGGUACUGUACUGUACUGGCUAGAUGGGAGGUACUGUACUGUACUGGCUAGAUGGGAGGUACUGUACUGGCUAGAUGGGAGGUACUGUACUGUACUGGCUAGAUGGUAGGUACUGUACUGUACUGGCUAGAUGGUAGGUACUGUACUGGCUAGAUGGUAGGUACUGUACUGUACUGGCUAGAUGGUAGGUACUGUACUGGCUGGAUGGGAGGUACUGUACUGGCUAGAUGGGAGGUACUGUACUGGCUAGAUGGGAGGUACUGUACUGGCUAGAUGGGAGGUACUGUAUUGUAUUGGUUAGAAGGGAUGUACUGUACUGGCUGGAUGGGAGGUACUGUACUGGCUGGAUGGGAGGUACUGUAUUGUAUUGGUUAGAAGGGAUGUACUGUACUGGGUGGAAGGGAAUAUAUAUAUAUAUAUUCUGUAUGUGAAAUUGAGACCUCCAGGCCCACUAGCUAAACGGUGUGUGACUGAACAUGGAUAACUAUGUUACUCGUAUAAUGAUCAUUUGGGGGGAGGUGUUUAUGUUUGUCCUGGUACACACUUAUACAAGUCUGUAAUGGAAAUGUGUUUCUUACAUAAUGAGACCCU